GUCCUGCGCAGCUCCGGUAGCCGGGGCAGGGCCGGGCCGAACUCCCGGUGCCGCCCCCUGCGCGGAGCCGCAACCGGCACCGGGAGCACCAUUGGUACCGGCGGCACCGGAGCGCUCCUGCGGCCGGGCCACACCCCCCCCCCCCCUCCCUUCCCCGGCGGGCCGGUACCGGCGUCCGCCGAGACACGAUGCGUCCCCACAGCCCCUGGGCUGCUGGCCCGGCAGUUCUGCUGCUCCUGGCCGGUGUCCUGGCCACCAACACAGUGCCCAGGGGAAGGAAGAAAGUGGUGCAUGUCAUGGAGGGUGAUAGUGGGGCCGUGGUGGUGCAGACAGCCCCGGGGAAGGUGGUGACACACCGAGGUGGCACCAUCAUCCUGCCCUGUCGCUACCACUACGACGUCUCCGCCCACGACCCGGCCGAGAUCCGCCUGAAAUGGACCAAAGUGACAGAACCUAUGGCUUUCGUGGACGUCUUCGUGGCCCUGGGCAAGGCUCGCCGGGCUUUCGGAACCUACCGGGGACGGACGGCCCUGCAGGAGGAUGGUUUUGGGGACGCCUCUCUCAUUAUCCGAAAUGUCACCCUGCAAGACUACGGCCGCUACGAGUGCGAGGUCACCAACGAGCUGGAAGAUGACACGGGAAUGGUCAAGCUGGACUUGGAAGGUGUGAUUUUCCCCUACCACCCCCGCCUGGGACGCUACACCCUGAACUUCCACGAGGCUCAGCAGGCGUGCCUGGAGCAGGAUGGGAUCCUGGCUUCCCACGACCAGUUGCACCAAGCCUGGCUGGAGGGGAUGGACUGGUGCAACGCGGGCUGGCUGGAGGACGGUUCGGUCCAAUACCCCAUCUCCCGCCCCCGGGAGGAAUGCGGCCGCAAGGACACCCCGGUGGGGGUCCGGAACUACGGUUACCGGCACAAAGAGAGCGAACACUACGACGCCUUCUGCUUCACCUCCAACCUCAACGGCAAAGUCUACUUCUUGAAGACCUUCCGCAAACUCAGCUACUCCGAGGCGGUUCAGGCUUGUAAGAACAACGGGGCUGCGGUGGCCAAGGUUGGGCAGCUCUACGCCGCCUGGAAGCUGCAGCUCCUGGAUCGCUGCGAGGCGGGAUGGUUGGAGGACGGGAGCAUCCGCUACCCCAUCGUCAAUCCCCGCGCCCGCUGCGGGGGUCGCGAACCUGGGGUCCGCAACCUCGGCUUCCCCGAUAAGAAGUACAAGCUUUUUGGGGUCUAUUGUUACAAAAAAGCCGGGGAAGCAACCCCGGAGAAAGCGGGGGGGCAUUCCAAUCGGGUGUGAGGCUUCACCCUCCCCACCCCGAGAAGCCCCCAUCCUUCCCACCCCCCCCCCCCCAUCCCGCCCCGACUUGGUUUGGGGACCCCCACCGUGGGGUCCCUCGGGGGGCUGCGGGCAGCCCCGCUGGUGGACUGGGGCCGUGCCCCAGGCUGUGGAAGCUUGGGGAAACUGAGGCAGCGGGAAGGGAAGGACUUCAGGAGCCCAGCCAGGAGCCUGCGCUCGGAUCCGGGGCCGGCCCCGGCCCCCCUCCUCCCCCCCCCCCAGUUCGCUGCGGUUUUUUGCUUCUCAAUCGGCAUCACUGCAUGUGCUAAAAGCCCGGGCAGAGCAAAGCUUCAGCCCCCCCUCCCCUCCCCCCCCCCUCCAUGUUCCCAUCCUCGUGCCCGGGGUCCCCAGCUCUGCGCUGUCUCCGGGACCAUGCACUGAAUACCCCCCUACUCCCCUCCCCCUCGGGGGAUGCUGUGGGCAAGCAGCUUCGUGGCACUGCCAGGUCCCUUGGGGGGGGGGGGGGGGGUCUGACCUUCCCCCAGCUCCCCCACACCCCACCUUGGCACUGGGCAAGGACUGGGAGCACUGGGCUUGGCUUCGUGCAAUUCGUGCGGCUGAAGAGGGGGGUGAGGGGCUCCCGCAGCCCCUCCAGCACCCCACGGGGGUCACUCCUGGAGCUGAGUGGCCGAUGGUGGGUGCAGGGAGGUGCUGGUGGUCACUGUCCCCUGUGCCCCCCUCCCUCCCCCCUGGGCUGGGUACCAGCUCUGGGCUUUUCGCAGCCCUGGCACUCGACAGCUGGAAGUAGAUGAAAUAAAAGCUUCGGCUGCUUU